AUGUACUUUGUUUACUCCUUCUCAGGGAUGGAGUCUGGAAUCCUCAUGGCCAUGGCUUUUGAUCGCUACGUGGCCAUCUGCAAUCCUCUGAGAUAUUCCACCACCCUGACAAAGUCUGUUGUGGCCAAGAUAGGCCUGGCCGUGGUGCUGCGUAGUGGCAUACUCGCAUUGCCCUAUCCCUUCCUGGCCAUUCAGUGGCCAUAUUGCAGAACGAACAUCUUCCCCUGCUCCUACUGUGGGCAUAUGGCUGUGGUAAACCUGGCCUACUCUGACAUCAGCAUCAGUAGUUAUUAUGGCCUGUUUAAUCUUCUCUUUGCGAUCGGAAUAGAUGGAUUUUUUAUUGCCAUGUCCUAUACUCAGAUCCUCCAGGCCAUCUUCCGCCUCCCCACUAUGGAUGCCCGGCUCAAAACUUUUGGGACCUGCAUCUCUCAUAUUUGUGCCAUCUUAGCUUUGUACAUCCCAGAUUUAUUUUUCUCUCUCAUGUUCCUGUUUGACCACAAUAUGCCACUUCAAUUCCUCAGAAUCAUUGCCAGUGUGUACCACCUCGUUCCCCCUGAGCUGCAGCCCAUCAUUUAUGGGGUGAGGACCAAACAGAUCUGGGACAGGCUGCUCCAGCUCUUUACUCAUACAGAGACCUAA